AUGUUCAGCCUUCGUUCCUUCGCCGUUGCUUCGCUCGCGCUGGUCAGUUCGGCGGUCGCUGCGCCAGGGCUCAACAUCACCGAGAACUUGAUCUCGCGCUCUGCGGCUUUGACCACGAGUGGCACUGGUACCAACAACGGUUACUACUACUCGUUCUGGACCGACAAUGCUGGCGGUACCGUGACAUACAACAACGGAAACGCCGGAGAGUAUAGUGUGUCCUGGCAGAGUGCGAACAACUUUGUCGCAGGCAAGGGUUGGAACCCGGGAUCUAGCCACUCAAUCUCGUAUACUGGUACCUGGAACGGCGCUACCGUGAAUGCGUACCUGUCUGUCUAUGGUUGGACGGAGAACCCGUUGAUUGAGUACUACAUCGUGGAGAACUACGGUGUGUAUAACCCGGGAUCGGCUGGCACGUUGAAGGGUACUGUUACCUCCGACGGAUCCACAUAUGACAUCUACACUGCGCAGAGGGUGAACGCGCCGUCGAUUGAGGGCACCGCUACCUUCGUCCAAUAUUGGAGUAUUCGUCGUAGCAAGCGUACGGGCGGCACCGUGACCGUAGCGAACCACUUCAACGCCUGGAAGAGCCUCGGGCUCAACCUUGGGACACACAACUACCAGAUCGUCGCGACGGAAGGCUACCAGAGCAGCGGUUCAGCUGACAUCACUGUUACCACUGGCGCAUGA